AUGACACAGAAGGAGGAGGAGGAGGAGGAGGAGGAGGAGGAGGAGGAGGAGGAGGAGGAGGAGGAGGAGGAGGAGGAGGAGGAGGAGGAGGAGGAGGAGGAGGAGGAGGAGGAGGAGGAGGAGGAGGAGGAGGAGGAGGAGGAGGAGAUAGUGGUGGUGGUAGAAGAUGAGCUGGGAGGGGAAGAGCAGGAGGAAUCUGAAUGGGAUGAAGAAGCGAGUGAGGGAGAUGGGGAAUCGGAGUGA